GGGGCCGGGCCAGGCGUGCGGGGCCGGGCUGUGUGCGGGGCCAGGCCAGGCGUGCGGGGCGUCCGCGCCGGGCCCAGGAGAUGCUGCCAAGUGCUGGUGUCUAUUACUUCCCAUGGGAGAUCAACAGCUCAGUGCCAGAGGGGAAGGCUCUGAGGACAUUUGGCAGGUUAUGCUGCUACGACCUGGCCCAGUCCACAGCUCUUCUGACUGCUCAGCACAGCUCAGGCCAGUACCAGGUCUGUGUUGACACCAAGUUUGUGGAACCAUUCCAAGCCCAGCUGGGAUCUCGCUACAUGGUCCUGGGAGAGGCUGAACAUAGGGAAGGUGAGGGUCUGGUGGUAAAGGCACGAAUAUUGACCUGCGUGGAAGGGAUGAAUGUGCCCUUGCUGGAACAAGCCAUACAGGAGCAGAGAAAAUACUUCAACGAGAGACAGGAGCAGAUGGGAAACAGAAUGUCCUGACAGCAGCUCUGAGACACUCAUCCUUGCACUGCCGUUUGCAACAAGCAUGUUAGAAGUAAAUUUAGAGGGUGGGCUUGCAACAUUCUGGUUUUUGCCAUGGCAAAAGGGAAGCACUUGAGGUCUGUGAGUCAGUAUGUGACUGUGGGUUGUCCACUCAUGCCAGCUGUCAUCACUGAAAAUAGCUCUGGAAAGCAGGUUUGUUGUUUGUUUAAAAGGGUGGUUAAGGAAAGGCAGCACUUAAGUUAUAUGGGUCCUUUUGUGAUGCAAGGCUUGGAGGUGGCAGGAAAAAGAGAAGUCUUUGAAUCUCAAGUUGAGCAGCUCACACCCACUGCCACAGCACAGUGGGUCACCAGGCUGUUGGCAGAUGGGAGGUAAAGGGCAUGAGCACAAGGUUGCUUGGUCCCGUGUGGCUGCAGGUCCUCGAGUGCCUUCGUUUUGGUUAUCGUGCCUCAGUUGCCACACAGGAGAAUUCCUGGCAAAACGCUCACAUUUCUGGACUGAACAACAAAGAAACAAGAACCAAGAGUCACUAUUUUCAGUAGCACCUGCUUCUUUGGGUUUUCAGGAGUGUCCAAGGGGGAAAAUUACUUCAGUUCUAAAAUAUUAAGAGUGCCCUGAGAAGCACCACUUGACUUUCUUCCUUGACUCAAUUUUCAGAUACUUCCAAUCACUAUUUUUUUAACCCUCUAAAGGUUAUGAUUUAUAUUUUCCUGAAUAAAGAUGAAAAGAGAAGGCA